AGAUAAGCUGUAUCUGCCUCCAAGCUUCGGGAGGGCAUGUAUAAAGGGCUCUGAGAGGUUUCUUGUGACAAACAUAUCCAUGGCAAAGAUGAAGGACUUGGGGAAAAUUCUCUUUCUUUUGAGCGUCUGUUGGAGCUGUAGUCAUGGGGAACAUUCACAGGACUUUAUGCUCUUAGCAGGUCCAUUAACCAACCAAUUCAUCAAGGAUUUGAAAACAAACCCUUUUGCCAGUCAGACUUUGCCGUCAGGGGCUUUAGAUGCUGACGAUGUCUUUGACUGCAGAGAGCAUCUUCCAGCAGAGGCCAGAGACUACUUCCAGUACCUUCAGAGCAGAGGGGUGACCCAUUUCAAAGUUUCUCUGUCCUGGUUAAACAUCCUUCCCACAGGUGAGUCCAGCCAGCCCCAUGAAGACACAGUGGCCUGCUACAGGAACCUUGUGAAGGAGCUGACAGAGUCAGGCAUUGAGCCUUUGCUGGAGCUCCAUCGCUCCACAUUACCAGAAGGCCUUAGAAGCAGAUAUGGAGGCUGGGAGAACCCAGUCAUGGGACAGGUCUUUCAAGACUAUGCAGGUUUUAUCUUCACCAAGUUCGGAGACCUGGUCAACUCGUACAUCACAUUUAGCCACUUACAUGAGCUCAGAGGUUCUUCACAGUUUCAACAUGCUUUCCAGUCCCAUGUAGAUGUGUAUAAACUCUACCAUCACAUGUUUAAAGAUGGCCGUGUGUCCCUUGGAAUGAGAGCCAGUGAUGUCGCCAGUCUGUCCCAAACAGAACCCAUGUACGCGGAAUAUAUUGAUUUCUUGUCUGUGCACAUGGAGUAUGACUGCACUACCAAAACAAGUCUGACGAAGGCAGUAACAGAAAUGCAGAUGACAAUCGGUCAACGAAACAUUCUUAUGUAUCAGAUGAACAUCAAGAACUGUGCUGACAGAAAUUUUCAACCCCUCAUCAGCGUCCUUGAAGCUUUAAGAAACACAGACAUUCAUCUUAUGGGCUGUGAUAUCACUGAAUUGUUGGGAAACCUUGAUCAAGAAGAUGCAAGAAUGUACAGUGUGCAGACUGAAGAUACAAAGGCUGAUAGCGAGGAGCAAAGUACAUCUGCUCUCUCUUAUCAGAAGGUCUGGGAGAAAUUCAGAGCUCAAAGCCCAUCUGAAAGAGAUCUCUUCCUCAAUGGCUCAUUCCCAGAUGGAUUCCAAUGGGCAGCCUCCUCUGAGUCUUUCAAAGUGGAGGGUGGCUGGACUGAACAUGGGAAAGGGGAGACUAUCUGGGAUCAUUUUGGCCAUGAAGGCAAAGUCUUUGAUAAUCAGACUGCUGAUCUGGCAUGUGAUAGUUAUCACAAGGUGGACUAUGAUGUGUACUUGCUCAGGGGCAUGCUCUCCCCAAUCUAUCAGUUCUCCAUUUCUUGGGCUCGCAUUUUCCCAACUGGUCAGAAAGAAAGCCUGCUGGAACAAGGGGCACUGUAUUAUGAAAAGCUGAUUGACACACUUCUGCAAUCAGGAAUAGAGCCUACAGUCACUUUACACCAUUGGGAUCUGCCACAAGCUCUACAGGACCAUGGAGGUUGGACUAAUGCCUCCAUUGUGGAGGCAUUCAAAGAGUUUGCUGACUUUUGCUUCUCUAGAUACGGAGACAAAGUGAAGACCUGGAACACUUUUGGCAGUCCCUGGGUGGUCAGUAACUUUGGAUAUGGUACUGGGGAACAUCCUCCAGGUAUUAAGGACCCCAGUGUGGCUUCUUAUCAGGUGACACACAACAUAAUAAAGGCCCAUGCAGAGGCCUGGCAUGUCUACAAUGAUAAAUACAGGAAGAAUCAGGGUGGGAAAGUGGGCAUUGCUCUCAACUCAGACUGGGCUGAACCUAAGAACUCUGAUAGUGCCCAGGACAUAGAGGCUGCAGAGCGCUACCUGAACUCCAUACUGGGAUGGUUUGCUCACCCCAUAUUUGUAGAUGGAGAUUAUCCAGCAUUGCUGAAGAAACAGAUUGAUCUGAAGAAAACUGAAUGUGGCAAAGACCUGGCUGUGCUCCCAGUCUUUACAGAAGAAGAGAAAAAGAUGAUCAAGGGCACGGCUGACUUCUUUGGGCUAAAUCACCACACUUCUCGGCUUAUCAGCGAGAGCCGGGGCAGCUGUGUCCCUGGACCAGACAGUGUUGGGGACUUUGAAAGUGAUAUUGACCCAACCUGGCCCACCACGGCGUCAAGCCAAAUCCAGUCUGUACCAUGGGGGCUUCGCCGUUUGCUGAAUUAUAUUGCCGCAGAGUACACAUCAGUGACCAACGUGCCCAUUUACAUCACUGGAAACGGAAUGCCAACAGAGUACAACAGCGAUGUGCUCAAUGACACUCAGCGCGUAGGCUUCCUUAAGUCAUACAUCAAUGAGGCAAUGAAAGCCAUCCACUUGGACAGUGUUGCCGUCCAGAGGUUCACAGUGCAGUCCCUGUUAGAUGGAUUUGAGGGUCCUCAAGGCUACAGUCAAAGAUUUGGACUGCAUUUUGUGAAUUUUGAGAAUUCUGAUACACCCAGAACCCCAAAAGCUUCAGCUUACUACUACUCUCGGGUCAUUGAAAGAAAUGGUUUUGAGGACAAAAAACCGACCUCUUUUAGUCAAAUCUUUGGUAAAAUGAAGGAUGGUUCAAAGCUUCCCACUCUACCACCAUCUGAAGUUCCCUCAAGAUCAAAAGUUGUGUGGGAGAAAUUUUCACCUCAAUCCAAAUUUCAGACAAAGUUUUAUCACUAUGGAACAUUUCCAGAUGAUUUCCAAUGGGGUGUUUCGUCCUCAUCAUAUCAAAUCGAAGGUGGCUGGGAUGCUGAUGGGAAAGGACCUAGUGUGUUUGACACUUUCACCCACACACCUGGUUCCAUCCUAAACAAUGACACUGGUGAUGUGGCUUGUGACAGCUAUAACAGAUUUGAAGAAGAUCUCUAUAUGUUAAGAGCCCUGAAAGUAAAAGCAUAUAGGUUCUCUUUAUCCUGGCCCAGAAUAUUCCCCAAUGGUUACAGAGAUUCCUUAAACAUGAAAGGAGUUGACUAUUAUAACAGACUCAUAGAUGGUCUUAUAGCAUAUAAUAUUACACCAAUGGUGACGCUUUACCACUGGGACCUUCCCCAAGCUCUUCAAGACAUCAAUGGCUGGGACAAUGUCGAUAUAAUUGACAUAUUCAACGACUACUGUGACUUCUGCUUCCAAACCUUUGGAGACAGAGUGAAGUUUUGGAUGACUUUCAACGAACCCUAUGUAAUUGCAUGGGUAGGCUAUGGGCUGGGAGUACUACCCCCUAAUGUCAAAAGUCCUGGAGAUGCUCCUUAUAGGGUAGCACAUAACCUCUUAAAGGCUCAUGCUAAAGCCUACCACACAUAUGAUGAUAAAUACAGAAAAACACAACAAGGGUUGGUAUCCAUUAGUGUGAGCUCUGAGUGGUUUGAGCCACUAGAUGUAAACGUACCCCGAGAGGUGGCAGCUGCUGACCGUGCGCUCCAGUUCCAACUUGGAUGGUUUGCACAUCCCAUCUUUAAAAAUGGAGACUAUCCUGAUGCAAUGAAGUGGCAGGUAGGGAACAAGAGUGAACUUCAAGGUUUAGCUGAAUCCAGGAUGCCAACUUUUACCGAAGAGGAGAAAGCCUACAUCCAAGGCACUGCCGACAUCUUCUGCCUCAAUACUUACACUACCAGAAUGGCACGUCAUGUAACUCGUUGGCUUUCCACACAGUCUUAUGAAUAUGAUCAGGAUAUUACAGUAGAAGAUGUGGCAGACUCUCAUGCUACUGCAAUGAAAGAAUUGAGGGCAGCAGCUUGGGGACUGAGAAGACUUCUCAACUGGAUAAAAGAGGAGUAUGGGAACCCUGAAAUUUACAUAACAGAGAAUGGAGUCUCUACAGAUACUAGCAAAACAGUAGACGACCCAGAAAGAAUAUUCUUCCUGAAGACCUACGUUGAUGAAGCUCUAAAAGCUCACAACCUAGAUGGAGUACGUCUGAAGGGCUACACAGCGUGGUCUCUCUUGGACUCUUUUGAGUGGCUUAAUGGCUACAGUGUUGGCUUUGGACUCCACCAUGUAGACUUCACCCACCCAGAUCGGCCAAGAACUCCAAAACGCAGCGCUCACUUUUACCACCAAAUAAUGAGACAGAAUGGUUUUCCAUUGCCAGUGGAAGAGGAGCCAAUUUAUGGCCACUUUCCUGAAGGAUUUGUGUGGAGUGUAGCUACAGCAUCUUAUCAGAUUGAAGGCGGCUGGAGAGCAGAUGGGAAAGGUUUAAGCAUCUGGGACACGUUUGCACACACAGGUCUUAAGAUAUCAAAUGAUGACACCGGGGACAUUGCCUGUGAUAGCUACAACAAAAUCAGUGAGGAUGUUGAAAUGCUCAAAAAACUCAGGGUCAGCCACUAUCGUUUCUCCAUAUCAUGGCCAAGAAUUCUGCCUGAUGGAACUACAAGAGAAAUCAACCAAGCAGGACUGAACUAUUAUCAUCGGCUGGUGGAUGCACUUCUGGCAGCUAACAUCAAGCCUCAGGUAACCCUGUAUCACUGGGAUCUCCCUCAAGCAUUGCAAAAUGUUGGAGGCUGGGAGAAUGACACAGUUGUUGAAAGGUUCAGGGACUAUGCCGAUGUUGUCUUUAGUAAUCUGGGAGACAAAGUAAAGUUUUGGAUCACUAUUAACGAGCCCUACAAUGUUGCAAACGUUGGACAUGGGUACGGCGUCGCUGCACCAGGCAUAAGCUUCCGGCCUGGCACGGCACCCUAUAUCGUCGGCCACAACCUCAUUAAGGCGCAUGCUGAGGCUUGGCACUUGUAUAAUGACAAGUACCGUGCCAAACAGGGUGGUAUUGUCGGUAUUACCAUAAACUCAGACUGGGCAGAGCCUAGAAACCCCUACAAACAAGAGGAUAUUGAUGUGGCCAGGCGUGUUGUGGAAUUCCAGAUUGGCUGGUUUGCUCAUCCUGUGUUUAAUGGAGAUUACAGCGAUUUAAUGAAGAACAGAAUACGAGAAAGAAGCCUGGCUGCUGGUCGUCCCAUAUCACGUCUUCCGGAAUUUACCCCAGAAGAGGUGAAAAGGAUAAAAGGCACUUAUGAUUACUUCGGGUUCAAUCAUUACACGACAGUCUUGGCUUAUAACCUAGAUUACAAAAACCUCCAGAGCUAUGACGCAGACAGGGGAGCGGGAACUGUUCAUGACCGCUCAUGGCUGGACUCUGGAUCAGCAUGGCUGAAAGUGACUCCACCUGGAUUUAGAAAAAUUCUGAACUUCAUCAAGAAUGAGUAUGGAAACCCUCCCAUUUAUAUCACUGAGAAUGGCAUCUCUGAAAAAGGAGAUAUGGACCUGAAUGACAUUCACAGAAUUCACUACUAUGAAAACUACAUCAAUCAGGCUCUCAAAGCUUACUUGAUUGACGGAGUGGACAUACGUGGCUACACCGCUUGGACAUUGAUGGACAAUCUGGAGUGGGCCGUUGGUUUUGCUGAGAAAUUUGGCUUCUUCUAUGUCAAUCGUUCUGACCCAUCUCUGCCACGUAUACCCAAGAAAUCAGCCACAUAUUACGCCACCGUGAUCAACUGCAAUGGCUUCCCAGACCCUCUCCAAGGACCCCAUGAAUGUCAGACUCUUGAACCUGAAGGAACAGAAUCUCCUCCCAGUCCUCCACCCUCUCCAGAGGUGGUGAAUUUUCUGGGUUUGGAGGUGUCUCCUCCAGAUGCUGAGGUGGCCCUCUAUGUCCUCUUCAGUCUCACCAUUGCAGGCGUGAUCGCAGCUGCUCUCAUCACCUACCAAUUCAUCAGAGUAAAAAAGAAAUCAAAACGCCCCGUGGAGGAGCACAUAAGCCUUGAGAAGAAGUUCUGAUGAAUCGUUUAUAUCUGUAUUUUGUGUACACUAAGGCCAGGCUAGGCUAAGGUAUCAACAUUCACGACUUUUAUUGCACUGAAUUACUUCAAUACUCCUGAGAACUGAAAAAUUCUGACAUUCAAUGCAUAAGUUAUUUAAUCUUAUCAGCAUUCAUGUGCAAAAAUGCGCGCUACACAGGCGAAUGGCUGUCUUAAUUACAUUCUGUAUGUGUGUUGUUAAAAGGAAAAUUCUGGAGCUGUAAGACAAAGUAGCCCCCAAAGAAAAUAUAUUUUUUUUAAUUAUCACUGUUUUACUAUUAUUAAUAUUACAUAUAAAAAUGCAGAAGAUAUAUUUGGAUUGACUUAUGGCUUGGGACAGUAAAUAAAAUGACUAUAUUUGCAACGACA